UUAUCCGGCUGUGUGCUGGUGAUACGACAAGUCCCCCGCCUGCCUGUGUCCAUCUCUCUCAGCGCAGCAGUGCGACCUCUAGAGCGCUAUAGUACCUACUCGUAGACGGCGACGAGGAACCAUUCAAGACGGUCGUCGAGGCUUCUUCUGGAGAGCCGCGAGUCGUCUGCGAGAGUCUCUUGUCCUGCUUGUUGUUGUUGUUGAACCAGUCUGUGGUGGUCGUCGUGCGCGCGAGCAGUCUGCCUGAGAAGUGUAGCAAGGCGGCUAGGGCCACUGUUAGCAGCACAACUGGAGCGCUCGUAAGUCGCUGUUUGCCUCUAAUCACUGCUACUUAGGGCCCUGAGACAAGGGAAGGAGAGGCCCUGUAAGUUGAAGGCCUCCAUGCUUCAGUAAAUGACUGAUUUAUCCACACCCGCCUUCUCAAACUCUCAUAAGGAAGUGGACAAGAUUUCCUCAACGGCACCUAGGAGAUACUUUUGAGUCCUGGAAAACCUUUCUGCACUUUUUUUACAUGUCAAAUUUUGUGAACUUUCGAGAGGAGAGGAUUUUUCUCCCACCUGACUUGUAAGAGGAAUCAAGUUUCUGGAGUGAUCGUCCUGCAUGGGAGGACAUGCACAGUUUCUAGAGAACGGACCCCCGCCAUCUUAGUGGCUCACUUGAAGAUUUCCACCAUCCCCAACCUGGACCAGACUCGGUAUCCUAGUGGAGGGUUGAAACAACCAACUUGAUCCUAUCAGGUACACUUCUGCAAUUACAGUACUAGAAAACUCAUCAUUACGACUGUUUCUUCAAUUACUGCCACGUCAGGAAAGGAAUCUUCGGGGCUCCAUUGACCUGUACACUGAAAAGCCCAAACUGCAAUAUAUCGACAUCAAUCGAUAUCUGCGAAAACCAAAACGACAUCAAAUCCUUAUCAUCAACGACAAAUCCUGCAGUAGUGUCAGCAUAGUCACAACGACGACCAACCAAGACAUUGAGAAAACCUCAACACUUUCACCUUUUUUGCUUUCACCAUCAUCAUCAUCAUCACCAUCAUCAUCAUCAAUAUCAUCAACACCACCGACACUCCUCAAAGCACAAUCACCAUUAAUACUUCCACCACUAAAACCACCAACACCACCACAAGCAGUAGCAGCAUCCCCAGCAUCGCCACCACCUCACCGAGGGAGGGGCGGUCCUAGGAAAUGUCCUUGAGUCCCCGCCCACAUCUCUCCCAUCACAGCCACACCACGCCCUUCUCCGUGACCGACAUCCUGCACCCGCCCCCUACCUCCGCCCUGGAUCCGGACUUCAAAAAGACGGUCGAGGCUAGCAUCCCUCCUCUGGGACACAGCUACCGCUCGCCUCAGCACCAGGCCAUGGGCUCUAUGGGCAUGGGCAGUAUGGGCGUGCCCGUGACCAACCCGUACGCCAAUUACGUGAACCAGUUCUCUCACCACACCUCCUCCUUCCCAGGGGCCGCCCAGUACUGCAAUGGCGGGGAUCUCUCGGCCUACGCGGACCCCACGGGGAGACACAGCUCGGCGGGCUGGUAUGGGGGAGCUGCCGACUCCAGGUUCAGCUUGUCCCGAUUCGGAAUGAGCCCAAGUUCGUGCAUGGCGUCCUCCAUGGGAGGUAUGGGAGGCAUGUCAUCCAGCAUCAACCCGGCCCUGGGCAUGACGCACCUGGGCGACCCCACCAAGGGGGGGAUGGCCGGCUUCUCCAUCGCACAGCGCCGCAAGAGGCGGGUUCUUUUCUCCCAGGGACAGGUGUACGAGCUCGAGAAAAGAUUCAAGAUCCAGAAAUACUUGUCGGCGCCCGAGCGUGAGCAGAUGGCCAUGAGCAUCGGAUUGACCCCCACGCAGGUCAAGAUUUGGUUCCAGAACCACCGCUACAAGCACAAACGCCAGCAGAAAGACCGGGAAAAGAUGGAGUCCAGCCAGAAAGACUCUAGCAACGGCGGCGGGGGCGGAGGCCAGUCGCAACACAACAACUCCUCUAGUCACAGCAAACACAACAACUCGGGAUCGUCAGCUUCGUCGUCGUCUUCAUCAUCCUCGUCAUCGCCUCGGAAAGUGUCUGUGCCCGUGUUGAUCAGAGAUGGGAAGUCAACGGCUGACGGCGGAUCGGGUGGUGGUGGCAGUGGAGGUGGGGGAGGAGGGGGAGGUGGUCACCAGACGUCCUCGGGUUCUUCUUCCGUGUCCGUGUCGUCCUCCUCGGCGUCGUCGCUGUUGGGUCACAAUCAACACCAUUUAGGCAGCGUAGGGGUGGGCUCGCCUCACGGCCUCUCCGCGGCGGCUCUCCACUCCUCGUGCGCUGUCAACUCCUCCAAGUCAGGCCUGACCUCGCACCACCAUGAUAACUUCCUCAGCACACCGUCGCCUGACCUCACGGCGACCUUGACCCACCACGGACUGAACCAGCACGGGUUGCCCCACCACGGACUACAUCACGGCAUGGGCUAUGCCACUGGGGCUGUCAACGGUAACGCUCUAGCCUCCCCGUCCCCCUAUCUCAUCAACGGCCGGACAUGGUAGGGGUGCGCUCAACGGAAAGCACAUCACAAAUACACACAGACCUCGAACUUUGACCCUUUACUUUUCUUUGCAAUGAAAGGGACAUCUAUGACGAGGUAACUAUGUGCUCACCAGAGGUGUGAAGGUCCCGCUUCGAGUUGCGUUCAUGGGUUUUAGAACUUGGGAUUCUCCGGUUGAAUAAAGCUACCAUGCAGCUCGGAGCUGCAAAAGUGCCCCCCGCCUCUGUCAUCAGGAAUUUGGCGCAUCUACUUCUUUCGUCUACUCUUUGUCAAGAGAGUUCCAUGUUACGUAAUAUUAGCAUUGAAGACCAAGCCGUUCUGAAGACAAAUGCACCGGGAGCACAAGGACCGACCAGCUUCGAUACAGCUUUGGAGAUUUAUUGAAUUACUUCAAGAAUCUGCGUGUCCGAAAUAAACUGAUUCAAGCGGGCAAAGAGAACCGGCUCCUAGCCACAUAACAUCGUUUUGAGUUUUUUUUAAAAGGCAAAUGAUGUGCGAGAGCAGCUAAAUCAGGACGAUACGUACUGACAGAGACUGUUCGGACAGAAUCGGUUUGGGAAUAUUGUGUUGUGCGAAACACUUCUGUAAUUGCACAUCUCCAUAAAAUUUGUACCCGACUUCAAAGAGCAUCUCCAAAAUUUUACCUUAAAUCCGCACACACAUAUUGAUGGUCAACGUCAUAAGAAAAAAAUCGAGAGCGGAAUGUUUUCCAGUGCCAAAAUAAUGCAGAAAAUCUUAACUGCCUCUUGGUCGUGAAGAAACAAAUCUGGGAAAUCUUAUCUGGUUUUUUUAACAAAGCUGCAGAAGGGCAGAACGACACGGAGAAGGUUCCACUGCCAAUCUGAGCAAUCUGAGCACACACUGACGCCACUUGAGAAUACCAUGUCAUACAGUUUAUACGAACAUUUUCUGUCCUGGGCUUUUUACUAUUUUUUUUCAAUGUAUCAAUGACUAGUGGAGUUUGAAGUAAAUGUUUUGGGGUUCUAUGUUUUGCUGUAUGGUGGUAUUUCCAAAAUGUACUUGUGUCUGUUAUUUUACCUGCAAUCUUAAAAAAACAAUCCUUCUUUGUCUUCACAGCUAAGGCGACUGGGUUGCAAAAGGUGUAUCUUAUGACAUGAUAUUGUACAUAAGAAAUAUCAUUGUCUUUGUUCAGUUUUAUUAAAACAAGCAGAAACGGCAGAAUGAUUAACUCGGAACAGGGGUACGAGGAGACAGAAAGCAGCGCCUGAAGUUAGGAAAAUAACAUCUUCGUCUUAGACUGUUUCUAGCCUUUCUGAUGUUUAUUAAAAAUAAGAAAAAACAACAAUGCUACAAAAAAAAAAAAAAGAAAAACAAUUGGACUGAAAUCGGAAAUAGGACAGCAGCUCCAAGCGUUUUCAUUCCAACUCCUUGUAAACAUUCCUAUUUUUGCUCACUUGUUACAUUUACAAGUUUUCUUUUGGGCUGCUUUCACUUUCUUCAAUUAUUCCAGAUUUUUUUACACCGUUUCCUGUACAGAUUCAAUGUAUUUUUCUCAGACUGUUCUGUUUUUAUUCUACUUUUAAAAAAAAAGAUAAAUAUAGUAGAAUUUCCCCUUUCCAAAAA